GAGCUUGAGUCUGGCCAGCGAGUCAGGCUCCUGCUAGAUGAGCACCGGAGGUGGAAGACUGUCGGAUCUUUAAUUAAAGACAAAGAAAAUACAAAGUGGUGGCUUGCACUAAAAGGUACAUUUUACAUACUUUGGGAAAAAAAAAAAAAACUUUGCUGAAGGUACUAGAGAAGAGACAGUUCUGCUGACAACCCUUGAGAAAAUCAUUUUCUACCUCCUUAGGAUUAGAAGACCAGUUCAUUCUUAGUGUCUUCUGAAAUAAAAUUAGCUUGGAUCAUGAUGACUAUGUUGAUAUGAUAGAUUCACUGUUGAGAUAAGUAAAGCAGCAAAUAAAAUAAAAAAAUGGAUUGGGAUGAUGAAUAUUCUCAUAAUUCUUUUGACCUACAUUGUUUGUUAAACUCAUUUCCUGGAGACUUGGAGUUUGAGCAGAUCUUCAGUGAUAUUGAUGAAAAGAUUGAACAAAAUGCUGCAAGCAUAGAACAUUGCGUUAAAGAGAUACAGUCUGAAGUUAACAAACAAUAUCCAGGUGUGCAGCUGCAAACAACAACUGACUGCUUUGAAUGGCUAACUAACUAUAAUUACAGUACAUCCGAGUCAUCUUUCAUUUCCCAUGGAGACUUGAUAAAAUUUCUCAGAACACUGCAAGAUUUGUUGAAGAAUGAACAAAAUCAAGAAGAAAUGAUAUUGGAUUUACUUUGGGACCUCUCCUGCCACAGCAGCGUUUCAUUCCCGUCGAGUCUAAGUGGAACAUCUUUCCAUUUCCUCUCUGGGACAUCUCUUCAUUCUGUUGAAGAUAAUUCCUCUAUGGAUGUCAAGUCUAUAUGGGAUGAUAUAAGACUGCAUCUUCGAUGCUUCUUAGUGAGCAGAUUACAAAGCCAUAAUGAAAUAAACAAUUCACAGCAAAAAAUUUUAUUGAAAAAGCAGUGCUUACACCAACUCUUGUUUCUUUAUCCAGAAUCAGAAGUUAUAAUCAAAUACCAAAACAUACAAAGUAAACUGUUGGCUAAUCUUCUGCAGAACUGCUUUCCUUCUUACAGCAGAGAUUCAAAUUUAGAUGUAAUAGUUCAUGGAUAUCAAAGUACAAUGCUUAAGUUAUACUUAAUAAUAAAAGAGGAUUUUAACACACUAUGUGAAAUUUUAGCUCCAUCCUCAACAGUGAAAUUCAUUAAAGAAACUUACCUGGAUACUGUUACAGAAGAAAUGGCAAAAUUUCUUGAAAAUUUUUGUGAGCUGCAGUUCAGAGAAAAUGCUGUUCGUGUGGUUAAAACAAGCAAGAGCUCCAGCAAGCAUAGAGGAGCAGUGCAUGCUUUGGUUACCCCUGAAUGCCCACAGAAAGGAAGAAACUUCUCUCUCCCUUUAGACAAAGUCGAAUUCUUAUCACAGCUCAUAAAAUCCUUUAUGAAACUGGAAAAAGGUGUUCAAGAAUUGUUUGAAGAAAUACUUUUAUCACUCAAGAUAACCAGAAAUACUUCAGGAAUAUUGGAGAAAUCCAACAGAGAACUUGUAAUAGAAAAACCUAGAGCAAACGAAACCAAUAUUCCUUCAGAGCAAUUGCUACCAAGAAAAGAGGCUACCUUACUAGAUUUUGGCUGGAGAAGUGCAUUUAAAGAAGUGUCUCUUCCCAUGGCGCACUGCAUAGUAACUGAAAUUGAAGGUUUUUCCACAAAAAUUCUCCAACAGGAACAGAAUGAACGGUCUUCAGCUGUGAGCUAUGCUAUGAACCUUGUAAAUGUCCAGCAAGUUUGGCAAGACAGCCAUAUGUUUCCUGAGGAGGAACAACCAAAGAAAAUUGGAAAAUUUUGUUCUGACAUCAUGGAAAAACUUGACACCAUGCUUCCACUGGCUCUGGCAUGCAGAGAUGAUUCUUUUCCGGAAAUUAGAGCAAACUUGGUGGAGGCCUGUUGUAAAGUGGCAACAGCUGUCCUGCAGAGACUGCAAGAGAGAGCCAAGGAGGUUCCUUCCAAAGCACCCCUGAAAAACCUGCACACAUACCUCUCCACGGCAGUGUAUGUCUUCCAGCAUUUCAAGCGAUAUGAUAAUUUGAUGAAGGAAAUUACUAAAAAACCCAUAUUCCUGGUGCCUGUCCAACGAUAUCAGGAAUUCAUCAACACUCUACAGUUUCAAGUUACGAACUACUGCGUCAGAGUUUGUGCUACAAGCAUUUUACAGGAUGCUGAGAGCCACCACUGGGAUGACUACAAAGCUUUUUAUGAGGGGGAAAGAUGUUCCUUCUCGAUCCAGAUGUGGCAUUAUUUCUGCUCGGCUCUUCGUUACGAUCUCUGGACCAUUCUGCCUCCUAAGUUAGCCCAGGAGAUUCUAGCAGAAGUGCUGGAGAAAUCUUUGGGUCUGCUGGCCUCCAGAUACACUCGGGCCCACCCCAGCCGCAAAAGAACUCCACAGUUAAGACUUGAUGUCACAACAAUUUUGAUAUGCACUGAGAACAUGUUAUGGUCAGUUUGUACAUCUGUACAGAAACUUUUGAAUCCUCAUCAGCAUACAGAUGAUAAAAUUUUUAAAAUUCAUACCCAUUGUAAUAAUCUGUUUACAACAUUAGUCAUUUUGACUUCACCAUUAACAGAAUUGUAUAAGACUUUUCAGCAUGGCCUGGAUGAGUCUACUUCAGACUCCUUAAAAUCAUGUUUUAAGCAACCAUUAUAUUGGGUUUCUUGCAUAUCACAUUUCUACCCUUCUUUACUCAGGACUCCAUCAGCUGGAGGACUGAAAGCUGAGGGUCAAUUGAAACUGCUCUUAUCCCAGCCAGGUUGUAACUGGAACUUGCUUCUGGAAACCCUUCUGCAUCAUGAUGGACUUUUACUGAGAAUCUUGCUGAAGAGCUCAAAACAUACCUUUCAAGAACAAGUUUCUGACACAGAAAAUAACCUGAACCAAGGACCCAGCUUGGUGGAAGCCAUCUUUAAAAUAUUGUACCAUUGCAGUUUUUCUCCACAAACAUUUGCAAAUGUUUUUGUGAGCUACAUAGAAGAAGAGCAAUUAUGGGACUUUUUAUAUAACAUCCCAGUUUCAACGUGCGUGGAGUAUGAGCUAGAGGUCAUUCGAUGCUUGAGACUGGCACUGACCGAUGCCGUCAAGGACACUGUACAGCAGAUAGUAUCUGUGAUAAGCUCUAGGAGAAACUGUGAGACAAACCUAAACAAGCACAUUGUUCCUGAUUGUUUGCUUGAGAGCAUGCCAAAGGAAUGGAAUUAUAGUCCAAUAGAAACUAAAAGGAAAGAAUCAAGCAAAAGCUUCACAAGGCUUGCUGCUCAGGCAGUAUCUAUUGUAAUCAGCAAGUUACCUACGGUGAUUGCAUGUUUGCCUCCCCCAAUUAAAUACUUCUUUUUUCUGUCUGAGAGAAAAAUGUCAAAAAACUUUGUUGAAUUGAAGAAAGCUGGCCUGCUUGUCUGGAACUUGAUUGUAAUUAUAUGUCGGAUAUUUGAGGACGGAAACACUGUGGAACUUUUAACAGGUGCCUCCCUUGACAGAUGGAGUAAAGAAAAACUGGGUUUAAUUUGUAUGUGUUUGGAGAGCAUCAUGGGAGACCAGACAAGUAUCCCUAAUCGAAUGAUCCGAAAGGUCAUACAGAGCAUUGAGCAGCAGAAGCCCAACUGGAUUGAACGUCAAUUGUUGAAAGCAAGAAAACUGAGCACUGAAUGUGCAUUUAUGACAAUAGAGAAAAGCACGGCCUUACAAGAAGGAGAUAUUGCUCUUGAACUGACUGAGCAGAAAAUAAACACGAUGGUCCUGGAUCUCUGCCACAAACCAGGUGGCAGCGAGUACCUGAGGCAAAUUUAUCACAUCAUGCAGCUCAAUGAGGAGUAUUUAAAAGAACAGCUGUUUUCUAUGAAUAGUUCAGAGGAAAAGCCAUUACCCAUUCGACCUUUAAAGGCGACCUUGAGGAGUAUAGAAGAUCAGCCUUCUGCCUUUAACCCUUUCCAUGUGUAUAAGGCGUUUAGUGAAAACAUGCUAGAUCAGUCAGCCACCACAAAAUGGAAGUGGAAUUGGGCAAAGUUGCUGCCAAAUUAUCUGGGACUGGAUAAGAUGACCUUCAGUGUGCUGCUCAAAAACAGGUGGGAAAUGAAGAAGGAUGAAACACUACAAGAGGAAGAAAAAGCAAUGCUGGAGCACUUAAAACAAAUCUGCACCCCACAGAACUCUUCUGCCUCAGAUAACACAGAGGAACAGUAUCUGCAGAAAACAGCAACAGCUUUAUUUUAGGAAACAAUCCCAUGUAAUGGAGUAGGAUUUUUACCAUAGUCAGAAUGUACCUCAUAUGUGCUGUGAAGCAUGAAACCAAUGACUGAGUAGUCUCUGUACUGAAAAGGAAUACAGCACAUAAAGAAUAAGGUGCUACAUAUUUUUUUAUUUUAAAAAUAAUUUCAAAUGUUUUUCUUUCCUCAAUCUUUCUCUUUAUAUGAUAUAACUGCUGCCAUCUCGUGUUCCCUUUGAAUUAUUUUUUUCUCCUUUCAGUCUUGAAGUAUCUAUGACAACAGGCAAAAAUGUUCAGAAAAAUUUUAAAGGGUUUUUGAAAUGCAACAUUUGGAUGUUAAGUUGAAUGGAGUCACAUAGCCCCGUGAGGUCAUCUGAAAUUUUUAAUUUAAUUUUGUUGUAGCUGUAGCCCAAGUCCCAAUCUUAAUUGCCUUACCCACAAUUGUGCCAACCUUCCUCAUUCAAUUUAUCUAAUUACAGUUAAAAAAAAAAAAAAAAGGCAUUCUCCUGAACUAUAACUUUAGUCACACCUCUGCUUGUAUUGGUUUUCAGUUUUCCUCCUAAAACAGAAUCAAACUUCUACUCAUACAUAUUCAGGUCCUAUACCAAAUGGCUCCAUGUUCAGACAAUUGCCUGCCAUCCUCUUGGUUCAAGUCACACACUUGCCAUGUUUUCCCAACCAGAAUCCAUCUUUCUUCCAAAUUUAGGCUGAAAACUAAUUCCAGCAAUCUUUACCCCAAAGCUCAUUAGCUCAUAUAAUGUGUUAUUUAAAAAACUUUUCAUUAUAUUGCUACACACACACACACACACACACACAGAGAGAACAGAACAUGCUCUAGUACCCUCUCUGCUAAGGACAAUUAUAGAUAUUUAUUAUUUCCUUCCUAUCAUUGCCUGAUAUUAGAUUAUAAAGACCCUGAAGAUCUUAUUAUACAAUAUGAAGUCUCCCUUUAUAACUCCCCGUAUGCCUACUACAGUGUUAUUUCAUCAAGGGGGCAGUUAACAAACACAAUUGAUUAAAUAGCUGCUAAUGAAAGAAAAAGACAACAAAGAGAACUGCAUGGUUGGGCAGUCUAAGA